UAUAGACUGUCCUUAAAUCAAUACUGGUUAUAAUUAUCAAGGCAAUUUCAAAGGAUUUAGAGAUGUAUUUGUCAAGAUUCCUGUCACUUCAUGCCCUUUGGGUUACUGUAUCUUCAGUGAUGCAGCAUUAUCCUUCAGUGUGGGGACAUUAUGAUGUGUGUAAGACUCAGAUUUACACAGAAGAAGGAAAAAUUUGGGAUUACAUGGCCUGUCAGCCGGAAGCCAGAGACAUGAUCAAAUAUGUGAAAGUGACCCUGGAUCCCCCUGAUAUAACAUGUGGAGAUCCUCCCGAGACCUUCUGUGCAAUGGGGAAUCCCUACAUGUGCAAUAAUGAAUGUGAUGCAACUACCAAUGAACUGGCACAUCCACCUGAACUGAUGUUUGAUCUUGAAGGAAGACAUCCCUCCUCAUUUUGGCAGUCUACAACUUGGAAAGAUUAUCCCAAACCUCUCCAGGUUAACAUUACCCUCUCCUGGAACAAAACCAUUGAACUAACCGAUAACAUAGUUAUCACAUUUGAAUCUGGCCGUCCAGACCAAAUGAUCCUGGAGAAAUCACUUGACUAUGGGCGAACAUGGCAACCAUACCAGUAUUAUGCCACAGACUGCUUAGACGCUUUCCAUAUGGAUCCCAAAUCAGUGAAGGAUUUAUCACAGCACACAGUCCUAGAAAUCAUUUGCACAGAAGAAUACUCCACUGGGUACAUGACAAAUAGUAAAAUCAUCCACUUCGAGAUCAAAGAUCGAUUUGCAUUUUUUGCUGGACCUCGGCUUCAUAAUAUGGCUUCCUUGUAUGGCCAGCUUGACACAACCAAGAAGCUGAGAGAUUUCUUUACCAUCACAGACCUGAGAAUCAGAUUGCUCAGACCAGCAACUGGGGAAAUAUAUGUUGAUGAGCAACACUUGGCACGCUACUUUUAUGCAAUCUCAGACAUAAGGGUAUAUGGAAGGUGCAAGUGUAACCUUCAUGCCACUGGCUGUAAAGAAGAAAACAAAAAAUUGUUUUGUGAAUGUGAGCACAAUACUACAGGCCCAGACUGCGGGAAAUGCAAGAAGAAUUAUCAGGGUCGACCUUGGAGUCCUGGCUCAUAUCUGCCUAUUCCUAAGGGCACAGCAAAUAUCUGUAUUCCCAGUAUUUCCAGUAUUGGUAAUCCACCAAAGUUUGAUAGGAUAUGGCCGAAUAUUUCUUCCCUUGAGGUUUCUAAACCAAAUCAAGUUACUCCCAAAUUAGCUUUGUCAACUGUUUCUUCUGUUCAAGUUGCAAACCACAAGAGAGACUGUGAAUGCUUCGGCCACUCCAACCGGUGCAGUUACAUCGAGCUGCUAAAUACAGUCAUUUGCGUGAGCUGUAAACACAACACUAGAGGGCAGCACUGUGAGUUAUGCAGGCUGGGCUACUUCAGAAAUGCUUCUGCAGAGCUGGACGAUGAAAAUGUAUGCAUAGACUGUAAUUGUAACCCUUUUGGCUCUAUCCAUGAUCGCUGUAAUGACACAGGAUUCUGUGAGUGUAAGGAGGGAACAUCAGGGACUAAAUGUGAUAAGUGUCUGCUGGGAUAUAUCUGGCACAGCUUAGGCUGUCAACCAAAUGUAUGUGACAAAGAACUACUGCAAUGCCAGAAUGGAGGAACAUGCCUCAAAAACAUGCGAUGCCAGUGCCCUCCAGCCUACACUGGCAUUUUGUGUGAGAAGCUGAAGUGUGAAAGGGAUCCAGGAGGUUGCAGCCAAAACUCCGGCAACAUGGCAGUAUCACAUGGCCCUCUAUUACCGCUGACUGCUCUACUAGGAGUAACUGGGCUUUUCAUAUUCUAGGCUCCGUCUGGUUGAUGGCAUCGCGUUCAGACUGCUUCAGAAGGAAUGUGCCACAAAA